GAGUCCGCCCGUGCACGCCGGCUGUCCGCUCGCCCGCUCGCACGCCGCCCUCCGCCGCAGUCCGCGCCCAGCCUCGCCCGCACUUCCCCCCUUCAGCCCGCGCCCGGAUCCGGCCAUGCUGUCCUUCCAGUACCCCGACGUGUACCGCGACGAGACCUCCGUGCAGGAGUAUCAUGGACAUAAAAUUUGUGACCCGUAUUCUUGGCUUGAAGACCCAGACAGCGAGCAGACUAAGGCUUUCGUGGAGGCACAAAACAAGAUUACUGUGCCAUUUCUUGAGCAAUGUCCAAUCAGAGGUUUAUACAAGGAGAGAAUGACUGAGCUGUACGACUACCCCAAGUACAGCUGCCACUUCAAGAAAGGAAAGCGGUACUUUUAUUUUUACAAUACAGGUUUGCAGAACCAACGCGUGUUAUAUGUGCAAGACUCCUUAGAGGGGGAGGCCAGAGUGUUCCUGGACCCCAACACACUGUCGGAUGAUGGUACAGUGGCACUCCGAGGUUAUGCCUUCAGUGAAGAUGGCGAAUACUUUGCCUAUGGUCUGAGCGCCAGCGGCUCCGACUGGGUGACGAUCAAGUUCAUGAAGGUCGAUGGUGCCAAAGAGCUCCCGGAUGUGCUGGAGAGAGUCAAGUUCACCUGCAUGGCCUGGACGCAUGACGGGAAGGGAAUGUUCUAUAACUCAUACCCGCAGCAGGACGGGAAGAGCGAUGGCACAGAGACAUCCACCAAUCUCCACCAAAAGCUCUGCUACCACGUCUUGGGGACGGAUCAGUCAGAAGAUAUUUUGUGUGCUGAGUUCCCCGAUGAGCCUAAAUGGAUGGGAGGAGCUGAGCUAUCCGACGAUGGCCGGUACGUCUUGUUAUCCAUCUGGGAGGGAUGUGAUCCAGUAAACCGACUGUGGUACUGUGACCUCCAGCAAGAACCCAAUGGUAUCACCGGAAUCCUGAAGUGGGUAAAACUGAUAGACAACUUUGAAGGAGAAUACGACUACGUAACCAACGAGGGCACAGUGUUCACAUUCAAGACGAACCGCAAUUCUCCCAAUUAUCGGCUGAUCAAUAUCGACUUCACGGACCCUGACGAGUCCAAGUGGAAAGUGCUCGUACCGGAGCACGAGAAGGAUGUCUUAGAAUGGGUGGCUUGUGUCAGGUCCAACUUCCUGGUCUUGUGCUACCUCCAUGACGUGAAGAACAUUCUACAGCUUCACGACCUGACGACUGGUGCUCUCCUCAAGACCUUCCCCCUGGAUGUGGGCAGCGUGGUGGGCUACAGUGGGCGCAAGAAGGACUCUGAGAUCUUCUACCAGUUCACAUCCUUCCUAUCUCCAGGUGUCAUUUACCACUGCGAUCUUACCAAAGAGGAACUGGAGCCCAUGGUUUUCCGAGAGGUGACGGUGAAGGGAAUCGAUGCUGCUGAUUACCAGACAAUCCAGAUUUUCUACCCUAGCAAGGAUGGCACCAAGAUUCCCAUGUUUAUUGUGCAUAAAAAAGGCAUAAAGCUGGAUGGCUCACACCCUGCUUUCUUAUAUGGCUACGGGGGCUUCAACAUCUCCAUUACACCCAACUACAGCGUGUCCAGGCUCAUUUUUGUGAGACAUAUGGGCGGCGUCCUCGCGGUGGCUAACAUCAGAGGCGGCGGUGAAUACGGAGAGACGUGGCACAAAGGUGGUAUCUUGGCCAACAAACAGAACUGUUUUGAUGACUUCCAGUGUGCUGCUGAGUACCUCAUCAAGGAAGGUUACACAUCUCCCAAGAGGCUCACGAUCAACGGAGGCUCCAACGGCGGCCUCUUAGUAGCUGCUUGCGCAAAUCAGCGUCCAGACCUCUUCGGCUGUGUUAUUGCCCAGGUUGGAGUGAUGGACAUGUUGAAGUUCCACAAAUUUACUAUCGGCCAUGCAUGGACCACUGAUUACGGGUGCUCCGACACUAAACAACACUUUGAAUGGCUUCUCAAAUACUCGCCACUACACAAUGUGAAGCUUCCGGAGGCAGACGACAUCCAGUACCCGUCCAUGCUUCUCCUCACGGCUGACCACGACGACCGCGUGGUCCCGCUGCACUCACUGAAGUUCAUUGCCACCCUUCAGUACAUCGUGGGCCGCAGCCGGAAGCAGAGCAACCCCCUGCUCAUCCACGUGGACACCAAGGCCGGCCACGGGGCCGGGAAACCCACCGCCAAAGUGAUAGAAGAAGUCUCGGAUAUGUUUGCGUUCAUAGCACGGUGCCUGAACAUCGAGUGGAUCCAGUAAAUGGGAUUUCCAGUUCCUCCCACCAAACACAGAAAACCUCAAGGGCUUUCACACCAUCCUGACCAAGAAACCACUGGGCAGAGUGCUGCCCUACGUGAGCACUGUGCCUCCGCUCACAGACAGCAAGCCGCUGAGCAGAACUGCCACGGGGAUUUUAUCUUUUCUAGGCUUCAUCUUUCUAGCAAGCCCUUGAUGUUUUGGGUUGGUUUUUUUUUUCCCACUCUCUCCAGGCACAUAUCUUUAAAAGGGGGAAAGGGGGGCAUGUUUGUAUAAGAAACUAAAAGGCAGUGAACAUGUUGUGAAUAUUAGACUCCUGAAUUCGUAAGGGAUCUAAUAAGGUCAUAGUUGGGCAUACCCAUAUAUAAUAGCUCAAUGAAGUUACUUCUCUAACCAUAGCAUAUAAACUUAAAUAAAUGGGAGACCUCAAGGGAGUCUCCACUGCAAUACUAAUAAAUGCUAUUUAAGAGUGGGAGGCUUUAGUUUUGGUUCCUUUGAGAGGCAGCCCUCCAAAUGCAGAUGACUAUCAGAAUAAAGAAUGUAGUCUUUAUGCAACAGGUUAGUUUCCAACAAUGAGAAUCUUAGCACCACUGAAAAGAGGCGGAGUCUAUCCACCUCGUCUGGCUUCGAUGGAUGCAGCUGUGGGAGACUGCUUGCCAUCACCACUGUCACCCAUCCAGGUAAAGAUAGGAUUCUGGUUUGGAUGCCUCGUGGACAAGAGAACUUGCUCUGCACACCUGAGGACUGCCGAGUUUGAAUAACAGCACGUGUAUAGCAUGCUGGGCACAGGCUACUUGUGCCUGUGAUCCCCUGCAGUGGGGGCGGCAGUAGGCAGGUCCUGAGCACUCAGUGGCCAGCCAAGUUAGCCGGAAAUGGUGAGCUUCUGGUUCAUUGAGAGACAGUGUCUCAAGGCAGUAAGGUGGGUGGGGACAGAGAAAGGCAUGGGGCAUCCUGUCUCCAUGUACACGUGCACAAAUGGGCAAACCGGCACACGCAUGCUUGCAUCAUGCACAGAAUCCACAUACAGACACAGAAACUAUGGACUUGAAAAUUAAGAUGAUUCACCUGUUUGCCCGUGUAUUGACUUGGUUACAGAGUAUUUGUAGAAAUGAAACAACGCAAGUAAACUGCCCAAAUAGAGGCGUUUACCCAAUCUCCCAUUAUAACCUGGGGCCAGCAGCAUUUCCCAAGCUUUGUCCCUCCCAGGUUACGUUCCCAGGAAUGCAAUCACACUGUACAGAAAUCAUGUUCCCAUGUGCUCUACCCCAGCCUGCUAAUCUUUGAGGGAACAAUACAAACUCCUCAAACCUAGGCUUUAGAAAUUAUGUUCUGGGUGUGUUUUAACAUCUCACAACAUGCCGUUCCUUUAGCUAUCAGUUUGGGAAUGGUGAUAUCUAGUUUAUAAGGAAAAGAUGUGUUACUUUAUCAGAUGUGAUUAAAAGGAAUACCUUCACUGUACGCAGAGUUGCAACACAGAUCGUCCCGGUGACUGCGUCCAGAUCACAUACAUACGCCUUUUGCCCAUUGUUGCUCCUUGAAUUUUUAUCAAAUUGUGAUCUGAGACCUAGAUACAGCAUUUUCUUUCUCGCCUGCUAAGGCAUACCAAACACCGCUCAACACUGGGGCGGGGUUUGUGCUUCCUGCUCCGGAACCGGGCUGUCCCUGACCAUCAGACUCUAACAUGCCACCAGCCUGCAGGUCACACUGAGGCUGAAAGCAGCAACCUUCAUCACAGCCUGUUGACAGCAUGGCUGCAAGGACAAGGAGUGUGUUUGCGCAUCGAAGCCAGAGGCAGCCUCUGCUGGCCUGCCUAAGUCAUUUGAAGGGAGAUAUCUGAGCAGUUCCCACCAGGGCAUCUCCAGCUCACGCAGAAUCUGAUCACCUUCCCACUAAGGUCUCCUGCACAGCAAAAGUGGGAGUGUAACUCGCAGGGUCUGCUGCAGUGCGAGACCUGUGUCCAAAGCCCAGGGCCCACUGGAGGCCAUGAUGAGAGACAGGGCAGUAUGUGUAUGAGUUCCCAGCACACGUCACUUCUCUGUCCCAGCCUAAGCUGCUUAUCUGUAUAUCUGUUGCAUAUCCGCAGCCACAGACAGAACAUUGCUGUCUUCACGUUUUAAGCUUUAAACUGAGCAGUAAUUAGUGGUCAGAGCACCUGCCACCAAGCCAGUAGAGUUCAGCACCCACAUGGCAAAAGGGAGGAACUGACUCCUGCAGGUUGUGUCCUCUGCCUAUAACAUGCAUGUACAGGAAGUCAAUAAACACUAGAGCUGUUUUAAUUAGGAACUCCCUAAGACUGAAGGCCAGGGCUUCCCAGAGCCGUCUCCCCAUUCCUCACUACCUUUCUGUCCCCGCACUGCCCUUCACCUGUCUCUCAAUGCCAGUGACAUUUGCUGGCAUGUGUUGGGGUGGGGGUUGGGGGUGCCUGCUAUACACAUGAUCUAGAUGCCAUGCCCUCAGAGCAUCUUCGCCUUAGCAAGAUAGUGACAUUUGUGGCAUUUAAUGUGUUCAUACAUGGACGAUUGUGAAAUCCUGCAGUUAUUCGUCAGGCAGCUACAUUGAAAUAGUGGUACUAGUUUGAAAAGCAACCGUGACAACAAGCUCUCUCUACAGUUUGGUGAGGGUUUUAGCAACCAUGGGUAACUUUCUGGAGAAGACCACACAACCAAUACUCAGAACAGGGUGCAGAUACCCAAGGGUUGGCUUAUGGUAGGUAAGAAAGCUGGGUAGGGAGGUGUUUAGAAAGAGGCCAAGAAAAAAAUUCAGGACGUUCAGGCAAAUGGAAUGAGGACAAGGGCUGAUGGAGCAAAGCCGUAUUCUAGGUCUUGUAGAUAUGGAAAACCCUUCUUUCAUCAAAUAGAUCCUCCCAAGGAGGAUAAUGUCUGGUGUUUUCCCUGCCCCAUGCUUCAUUAACCACCCUGUGUUUGAAUGUUUGUUCUCAUGCAGCCCUAUGCAGCAUGUGCCACACCCUUACUCCACUUACUUAGCAAAGGCCCAGGAUUUCCCCGCUAGGGGGUAUACAGAACCACAACCCUAGCAAUUGGACCUUAGGGACAGUUACAAUCUGAACAACUUAUUUCCCCCUAAAACUUAAGAAUUACAAUCUGAGCUCUCAAAGUCAUAGCAUUAGGUGGGGCCUCUGGGGAUUAGGUCAGUGUCUUAGGUUUUUACUGCUGUGAACAGACACCAUGAUUAAGGCAAGUCUUAUAAAGGGCAACAUUUAAUUGGGCCUGCCUUACAGGUUCAGAUAUUCAGUUCAUUAUUAUCAAGGCAACAUCCAGGCAGGCAUGGUGCAGGAGGAGCUGAGAGUUCUACAUCUUCAUCUGAAGGCCACUAGGAGAAGACUGACUUCCAGGCAGUUAGGAUGAGGGUUGUAAAACCCAAGCCCACAGUGACACGCCUAUUCAUACAAGGCCUCACCUCCAAAUAGUGCCACUCCCUGGACCAAGCAUAUUCAAGCCAUGACAGUCAGGAAUGGGGUUGGUGCCUUUUUUAAGCCAGCCUUAUCCCUUCCACCCGGUCUGGGCAAACCAGAGCUGUCAUUUCUAAGUUGGAGCCACCCAGUGUGUGGUGUUUCAUUACAACAGCCGGAAUGGUUGAAGGUACUCACUCUCCUGAUAAGUCAGUGUACACAAAAUACAGUUUCAGGAAUUAAGAGCAUUGGAGAGACAAGUCCGGACAGAUGAACAGUUGAUAACAAGAAGUGCUGUUUCAGUGAAUGUAAAGAGACCACAUUUCAGCAAAGCCCUGGGACAAACAGCAUUGGUGUGAAUGCAGAGCUGGAGGCAGGAAACAGCCAAGCCCCCAAGGAAGUGUGGGGAGCAAGGCAGAGUAGGGGACAGGCUGAAAAGUAGAGUGAACCCAUGAGAAACCACUGGAGUGGGACUGAGAAGUGACCCCAAAGGAGCCAGGGUAAAGCAAGAAGGCCACUUAGAGCAGGUAAUCCUAACGCCACGAAGGGAGCUCGGGGCUAAGAGCAGCAGAAACCUGUAAAUCAACUGGCACACUGAAUCGUAGAAGAACCUCCAUGACAUGCUAUGGGAAAAGCCAGGCUCAAACAACCAUGGGAAGUAUAUUCCACUACAUGAAAUGUCAGUUCAGUGGCUGUUUGGGGUAGGAUAGGGAUAGAGGUUAACUGUUUAGAGAUAAAGGUUGUUACUGGGUCGUGAAAUUUCCAGCGUUGUAUUAAGGUGAAGGUUGAUCCACCCAGUAAAUUUAUGACAUCAUUGAA